CCUGACCCGUGUCCUGCACACACAGGGGUGUUCCAGGAGAUGACAAAGCACGAGUGUUACUUCAUCAACGGCACCGAGCGGGUGAGGAACGUGUACAGGCACAUCUACAACCGGGAGCAGUACGUGCACUUUGACAGCGAUGUGGGGGUGUUUGUGGGGGACACCCCGUAUGGGGAGAAGGUGGCCAGGAAAUGGAACAGCGACCCGGAAACUAUAGAGUACUAUAGAGCAGGAGUGGACACAUACUGCCGGCACAACUACAAGAGUGUCACCCCGUUCACGGUGGAGAGGAGAG